UGUGCAGAAGUAGAUACACAGUCUAAUUCUAUGAUGGAAAAAUAAAUUGGCCUUUCUUUCAACUCGGAAUGAAUAGCGGUAUUACAAGUGAUGCAAAAAGAGAUGGUGAAACGUACUCCCGACGAAAGAAAGGAAGGAUAAUGCAAUGCAAUUAAAUAGCCGAAGAUGCUGCUAUUUAUUUCUUUUUAGACAUUUACUAGAAUAGAGGUGUUGAUGAUCAUGGUCACGGUCACUUUUCUUGAUGGGAAACAGUGGCUUUCUAUAUUCCGACUAGAUUCUCGUUCUCAAUUGCAACUUUGUUUGAUUAUACAGAUUGAGACUUGUGGUUGUAUUGCAUUGUGGGUGCUGCUACUGCUUCUGCCAGUCUCACUUUUUAUUGAGAUGUGCAUCAGUUCAGUAGAGCAACAGUAAGUGAUCCCAGCAAAGAAAGUUCUAGUCAAGAAUAUCUGUAAUAAAAUAGGAGGAUGUUGCGUUUCGAAAAUCGGAUUAGAUAUAUUUGGCUUAUUUUAUUUAUUAUUUGGAAUUUUAAGCAGGGAAUUUGCCAACAAUUUACGAGAACUUGUCAGGACCCGUUAGUGGCGGCUGGUCACCCUGCUAAUUUUGGUCAUUCAUUCUGUUAUCACUCAUGCGGGUAUGAUUUAGGAGCUCCCGUUCCAGUGGGAUUGGAGGUUUGUACAGCGAAUGGGAUUUGUCAGUGCAAUUACCCAUGUGACUCUGCGCCUCCAGCAAAUCAAUUUGGAGACCAGUGUCCAGCAUACGCAACAGACCCUCCCGACCCAGAUCCUACUGCACCUGCGAGGUGCAAUCAGGAUUGUGCCGGAUUAUGUACUGGGGGAACAGGUCUUGUUUGCGGGGAAGUUUACAAUCAGGGCCUCGGACCCAAUAUGGAUAUCUGGGCAAAGAUAUGUACAUGUUACUGCCCACCACAACCCUGUGUUACGACGACGACGACAACAACGACGACAACCACGCCCACUCCGAUAACGACAACCACAACGACGGCAAUUGUUCUAGUAAAGAACCCAAUACUUCCAAAGAUAAAAUUGAAAUUGAAAAUUUGGAAAGUCAUCAAGUUUUGCAUUUUAGUGAUGAAGUUGUGUGCCUUGUGGUGGAUUAAAGUGCUGUUUUGGUCAUGUUACUAUUACAUGAUGUCCGAUUGGAUAAUGCCAACAAGAAAUUGGAUGGGUGGAGUUUGGCAAAUGUUUGAUUGGGAUUUUGGAUUUCUAAGCUUUUGAAACAAAGAUAUGAUGACAUAAAAUGAGAUCGUACACUACUAACGAAAAAACGUACGACCUUUUCAACAUCAGAUUUUAAUGCCCUGUUGUACAUAUUUAGUGAUAGGUGAUUGUAGGAAAAGUGAAGGAGGGUUAGGGUCCCUCAAACUCCCGCCACGGUUCCAUGUGAAAUUGCAUAAAACACUUUUGCAUAACACCCUUAUGGCAUAAAAUUUAUUGCAUAAAUACCACUUCCCAUAAGAGAGCUUUUUACAUAACUCCAUUUCACAUAACAAAUUAAGAUGAUUAAGAUGCACGAUUGGUCAUGAGCAUGCAUGCCAGGACCGGUGUGGUGUACCAGUAGAAUCUAAUACCCACGGUGUUUUUUGAUGAUUUUUAAGAAUUCGGGGACUCUAUUUCGGGGAUGAUACAAGUUCCUAAAUAAUUGUGUUUCUCCGGUAGCGCUCGUCUAUGAAGGGGACCUUGUCUACUGGGCAAGAGUACCCGAUCUUUGUAGUCUUUGGAUUUUCUUGAUCCUACAUAAAUAGUUGUUUUAUCAUGCUCAACAUUAAGGUAUUUCAAAUUCAAAUUUUAAUAAAAAUUAUUUAAUUUUUAAUGAUGAACGGGGAAAACGGUUUUUUCGUGUUUCGCAUUUUGUGAAUUUGAUUGGGUGUCGUGGGCGCAAAUUGGGCUUCGGAGUAAAAUACUAUUGCACCUUUGGUACAGUAACCUGGAAGGUACUCGACACAUCAGGGCAUUAAAAAUUAAAACUGGGCACUUCCCGGUAGAAUGUCAUCUCCGAAGUGUUCGUAUGACUUGUGAUGCUUGAAGCACAGCCGAUUAUGGGUCAGUUUCAGAGUCAUCUAAUACAUAGAUAUGUAGGUAUAAUAGGAUUUGGAUUCCUUCCUAAUUUACGUAUUAUGCUAAAUAGCAUUAUGCGAACUUGCUGUUUACAUAAUUGGGAAGUAUGCAAAAUGGCAUUAUACGAUAAAGAUGUUAUGCAAAAAAAAUUAUGCAAUUUCACCUCACACGGCCCGCCACACCCCGGGGCCAAAAACAAGAAAAACUCCGUUGUUGCUCAUUUAAACCUUCACCAAAAAUCCAACUCGUACAUUUUCAGGAACAAAACAUACAUGUCUAUACAUACAUUCUACAUAUACAAAAAUGAAAAGUACACAACUUCAAAUAAUGAUCUCCAGUUCCAAAUUACUCAUUUAUAUACGGCCUGACUGUAUGCGUGCACUUGGUUUUAAUUGAUAUUUUAUUGGACAUUGGAAGUACUUACAGGCUACAUAAUUUAUAAAUGAUUACAAACAUAUUUAUUUACUGCAUAUGUACGUACGUAUAUGCGUAAGACAUUGCGACAUGACGUUACAUAUCUAUUUAUUUGUUGAUGCUCAAGUACUUAUUUAAUAUUAGUAAGGCAACUGUGAUUAUAUGUACAUGUAUUUAGCUAAAUUGAAAAUCCAGUACUCUGAGGAUGAGUUUGACAAUUUUUAAGCCGUAUUUCACAAUUUACAAAACCUAACCAAAUAAAAACAAUCUCAAAUUAUCCCAAAUUAUCAAUAUCGAAGUGUUAAAAAUUCGUAGAGUCGAUCAGCAAAUUGUUAUAUGUAAGCAGAUCAAUGUACCUUAAUUAUUACGCACUUUAAUUACACAGAUGCGUAUUUUCUUUACUUAUGCAUUACUAGCCAAAAUUAAGAUAAUAAAUAAUUUUUUUCUUAAAUAUUAAGUUCUGUGCAUAUGUAUUUUCACUGGAUUUUACACGAAUCAUGCCCAUACGUACACACAACAACGUGGACGUGACAAAAGUAAUUCUGUAAAUAAAAUCUACUUCUUUCGUUGGAAGCAUUCAAUAUUCAAGGUAUUUUUUGGAGUAUUGUAAAUAAUGGAGAAAAGAGUCAAUAUGUCGAACAAAAUUAAAGCAAAGAAUUGCAAACGUGACUAAAAAUGAUUUUAAGUUUCAGUUAAUAAAGUGAAAACCAAAUUCAUGGAAUUAUAGAACUGAUAUAAUAAUUUAUUUAUGUAUAGGUAACUGCAGACUUUAAUUGUAAGUAUUUUAAACUAUGUAUGCAAAUAAAUAUGUAUAAUGUUUGUACAAAUUUGCACGUACACGAUAUUCUAAAGUAUCAUUUUUCAACUGACUCAUGUGACGUUUUCUGCAGGAAUACUUAGUAAAUCUUUUCAGUGUAAUUUUAUGAAAGAUUAUGCUCAAACGUUUUUAUCAUCACAAAUUGUGUAAGAUAUUUAUAAUGGCAACAAAGUUAGAAUUAACAAUACCUGAGCAGCAUCUGGUCAUGACACAUACCUAAUUCAGACACAAUUUGUAACCCCGACUUUUAAAUGAAUUAAUUCUUUUGUAAUAACUAGCUUUGAUUCGAUUUCUAUUGAAAUAAGGGUAAUUCAAUAUCAAGAUAGGCAAAAUUGAGACUAUAAGAAUGCUGUGAUCGAGAUACUUUUUAGGAGUUCCAAGUUUUUAUGCAUUGCUAUUCGCCAUGAAGUUACUCACGGUCAGUAGCUGCUUUGCUCUCGUUUUCCUUUUGACAACGUUUGCACAUUGUCAAGAAACUGAAAUCGACGUAGAAAUCGAAUAUGAAACUGGCAGAGAAACUCGAUCCUUAAAUGGCCCCCAAGAAUUUAAAGUGGUCAUUAAGAACGAUGUCAUUCUGAAACUCAAACCUCCUCCGUCUUCCAUUUUCGCCACCAACUUCAAGUACACCGUAGCUACUAGUGAUGGUGGACUUACAGAUGAGACUCCCAACAAGGGACAAAUCCGCUCCCUUGAGAGUCACAUUUUUCUCGAUCAAAAAAACGACGCUGUCAUGAAGGUCGGCACCAACAAAGAUGGUUUGAUCGUAAUGGAAGGAAUUGUCGAGGACACGUUCAUCUCCCCGGGUCGACAGCAGCCUGGAAGAGCCAAGGUCAAUAGUAAGCCAACCUACACCGCAAAGAACUUGACAACUUCUCAACACGUUGGAAGAGAUUAUAUCGACCUACACAGAAAUAUUACCUUCAACCCAAUAAAACGACAAACCAAGGCUACAACGAUUGCAGUCGGGGAGACUUGGGUCGUACUUGAUUACGACCAUGCCGCCCAGUUUGGCUUCAACAGGGAGCGAAUCCUUUCAUAUUUGGCCACUUUUUUCCGAGCCGUGAAUAAUCGCUAUGCCACAAUUUCCGAACCCAAAAUUUCCUUUACUAUAUCCGGCAUUACAAUAAUUUCUUCCCGUAGUGCUCAACCCUUCGUUGAAAACAGUAGGGUGCCAGACGGGUCAGGUUUCGACAUUGGCAUGGUCCUCGAAGACUUUUCUAAAUGGGCCUACACCACCAUUCUCCCCUCCUUUCCUCAGGUCGAUAUGGCAGCAUUAUUGUCCAGCACAGAUUUCCAGAAAAAGGACGAGUUUGGAAUUUACCAAAAAAAUCUUGCCGGUCUCGCCUAUAUGAAGGGCGCAUGUUGGAAAGACACUUACGGUAAAAGGCUCCUAGCUACUUCUGUGUCGGAAGACCUUGGUGGAUUCUAUGAUGGAGUGUACACCGUCGCGCAUGAAUUUGCCCACAAUCUGGCUUCCCCCCAUGAUGGGUUUGAAGAGGCUGCCGGAUGCUCAUGGGAAGAAGGUUAUAUCAUGAGUUACAAUGGAUGGGGGACGACCAAGAAAUUUUAUUUUUCUCCAUGCUCCAUCCACAUUAUGAACAAGUUCAUCCUCUCCUCGGGUGGAGCUUGUAUGCGAAAUAAGGAGGGAAGCACCCCCCUCGCUAACCCUGAUGCUGCUCCUGAAGUAGGAAAUCAGCUUGACAUGAAAUCAAUGUGCAUCAAGCAUACAAAUUCACCUCAAGCAAUUGUUGAUCCCACCAAAUCUCCGACAGAUCUUUGCACAAAUUUGGUAUGCACAUAUCUCGGACCGAAUUCAGUGCCUUACAUCACGACGACAAACCGUUCUCCCGGUGACAACUCGAUUUGUGGAAAUGGUGGUCGUUGUCUAAAUGGCCAAUGUGUCGGAGAUCAAGGCGUCCGCGUGGACAUGACGGAACAAUGCGUUCGGUACACUGGAAAAGCAACUGCUGUCCCGGACAAUACCAGGACCGCGGAACAGCUUUGUCAACAGCUUCAGUGUAAAUAUACAGACCCAAACCAACCAGGGUGGAUAUGGACAUGGAAGAGUGGAAGCCCUAUUCCAGAUUAUGGCACCGUUUGCGAUGGUGGCAGGGGUCGGUGUAUUUAUGGUGCAUGUGUCUAAUCUUCUAAUUCAUAUGGUCAAAUAAAUUAUGAAUGUUUUAAACCCAA